AUGUCUCACUCCAGGUCUCAGAUAACUGAGCCUAAACAUCGUCAAUGGAAUCUUGGGGACCAUCCCGAACAUUUCGGGCCCAAUACCGGGACCCAAGUGCCGCCUGGUGUGCCGGAUGUCUACGGGCGCCGAUCUUGUGGUAUCACGAUGAUGAUGGCACACGAAAGAAAACAAAGGGACUAUUCCAUGGUCCAUUUUCCAGGCGGAAUAAGAGCGUCAGAGGUUCAACGCCCAACGACCGGCAGGGUAUCAUCAGAAUCGAACCAUGUUGACAUGCGCCGUGACCGGGUGGUGGAGGGCAUUCUGAGUGGAGGUCCGUCUUUGGCUGACAGCUUUCCAAUCGCGAGAAUCGACAACGGCCCGAACGCCGCAAUUAAUUUGCAAAGCAAUCCUCCAUUCCAACUUGUGACACAGUGCUCACUUUUGAGACUUUCUGAAUGUUCUGGCCAGUCUCGUUUAUGUUUCGGGUGUAAGCUGAAGCUACAGCAAGAUAUCCAUACGCAAUUGAAACAUGCUGCAGCGCCAUGUUUCUUGUCACAGGUAUUGCGGUCCAUCCCAAAGAUAUGCGUGAUAUCUUUCUGCAACCGUCCGCGUCCGUUGGUUACUCAAGCUCCAUGCACGCUAUUUAAUGUUCAGCCGACGUCAAGUUGCCGACAACCAUGUCAUAUCGGGUACCCUCGCAGAUGUCAAGUCUCAAGAGUUGGAGGUGUGAUUCAGGUGACUUUGGCUGGCGGUAAUCCACAGCUCGAACCCAUGGAAUGA